GGCAGCGCACACGGUGCCUACUAGCAUGUGAGGAAGCUGCAGAGGAGUAGACUGUUAACUUUGUAGGAUUGUGUACCUGUUCAUCUCUUUGCUGAGCUACGGUUCUCUCCGAUUUUACACCAUCUGGCAGCUACAAUGCGCCGGCUCCGGAUACGUAUUUGUAUGUGUCUGCGGUUAGCGUCACUUAGCUAAAAGUAACCUGAAGGAGGCAGUUUGUUGACCUUGUUAGCUGCGUAGUCACAUUACUUUGUAAUUAAGCAGUUUUGGUAACUACCCAUAAUUAAGCGCAUUUGUAGCCAAGAAUUUGAAGUGCCAAGUAAUCUAAAUUGUAACUGCAGUCGUCAUAUUUCUACUUUAUUUGACUCUAACUCCAGUUUUAGUAGAAGCUAUUUGCUCUUCUUUGUGUUAUUAAGGAGCAAUGUCUGUGUGGGUGACAGAGGAGGUCAUGAGAUGGGGGCUGCGCUUUUGUAGCCGCAGGUCUCUUUGGCAACAACGCAGCUUCCUUUUGUCUGCAUCACUUAAGGACAGGUGUGCUUCAAGUCAACAGUUCACCCACAUUUGGAGCCCAAGGCAGAGUCAGACGUGGCUUUCUAGGAGUUCUGUCAGGUCAGUGAGGUUCUACUCACAGGGUGCCAAUCACAGAGAUGAGUUGGAAGAGAGGGAUCAUCUUCCCGCUCCACCUGCUGAUACUGAGUUCGAUGACGAGGCGUCACCUUUGAGACAGAGGAGGUCGCCUUUCUUAGAUCACCUGCAGCACUGCGGCUCCCCUUCGGACGUGUUAGACCUCACCUGUAAGUACUCACCCACAGCUCGACAGGUCAGCAACUGCCUGACACACAUGUGGGCCUCCUCUAAGAAGUUCUCAGAGGAGCAGCGACGCUAUGAGCUGCAGCUGAUGUUUGAGCAUCCCGCUUUCGACCAGUUGUUGCAGAAGGCCAUGAAGAGUGUGCAGCACAUGCGCAAUGAGGACGUGACUUACUCUCUCUUGAGUAUGGUCAGUCUGGGUGUUCCUCAGCGUAGUCGAGUGGUCCAAACUUUUCUCCGAACCUGCCAGGAGAAACUGAAUGACUUUGAUGAGAAGAGUCUGUCCAUCUUGGCCUCCAGUCUGAAGCAUAUGGAGGACAGCGCCAAUGUUGUUGCACUCAAGCAGGGCAUAAGGCUGGUAGUUGAGGCCCGUCUUCCCAGCAUAAAGAGCGUAAUGGCUCUCCAGACCAUGAUGCGUAUGCUGGGAAAAGAUGCCCCAAAGGAACUCAAAUGGAAACUAGAGAAAAAGGCCUUAUCGAUGACAGACCAGUUCAGCCUGCCCAAUGCUCAAUACAUGAUUUCCACUAUGGCCGCAAUGGGUUUCUUCUCAAAGCCGCUGCUGGAUGUCUGCAGUAAAAAAAUCACAGAGAACAUCCACGGCAUCCCCUUCAACAGAUUUUUGAAAUUGCUGCAGUCCUGUAGGGAGCUCCUCUACAGAGAUGCACAUCUGCUCACCAGCAUCUCAGAUUAUGUCGCUUCCUCACUGGACAUUUGGACCAACAAGCAGCUGCUUCUCUUUCUGUCUACGUUUGAGAGCCUCGUCUUCUGCCCCGCGCCCUUAAUGGAGGCUUAUGCUGAGAGAGUGAUUGCCAACCCUGACGUCCUGACGCUUAAAGACCUGCUCUGUGUCCUCAAGGUGUAUUCCUCUCUGAGCUACGAUCUGCAGGACAGAAGACAACAGUUUCUCGAUAGUCUCAGCCAUGUCCUGAGCUCCUAUUUGCCCAAGAUAUCUGCGUUUGAGUUGUUGAAGGCAGUUUACUUUCUCUGUUUGUUGGGGCACUUCCCUUAUGCACCACUGGAGCAGCUCCUGCAGAGUAGCGUGCUGGAGAAGCUUUCAGCUUCAAAGUUUCCCCACAGCCAGGAGAGAAUGUUUCAGACAGUGGACGUGUGCCUCCGUAUUGACCGUCCUCCUCUUCCCCGGCCCCUAACUGUCCCUGCAUCAGUCCUGGGAGACCGCACCCCCAGCAGUCCAUCGGUCAACCGGCGGCUCUCGCAGGACCUGCAGAGUGUGCUGGGGGAGCAGGCGCACACCACGCUACAGGAAGGGGUGGUGCUGGAAAAUUUCUAUUUCAUAGAUGCUGCUGUAACCAAACCUGUGCCGAUCCAAACCUCUGCGUCUGAGGCAAGCAGCUGUGCAGGGGAGCGGCGCUCUCCAGCAGAGAGCAGUCAGCGAGUUGCAGUAAUUUAUGCACCACAGACUGGUUUUUGUUACGGCACACCCAAUCCCCGCGGUCCCCUGGCUGUGAAGGUUCGCCAUCUGAAGAUCCUGGGAUAUAACCCUGUCCUGGUAACGGAGCAGGACCUGCAGUCCGAGUCUGAGGAAAAGAGGAUAGAUUUUCUCAGGGGACGAAUUUUUCCAGAACACCACACGUCAGAAACACAACCUGAAAAGGAGCACCUGGGAUCCUAAAGUGUUAAAAUGAAAUCAAAGAGGCUUAUCAUCAUGCUCACCAGUUUUGUGGUAGUAUUUAAAGCUUUGUUAUUGAUUAAGAAGGAGAAAAUAAAGUAUUUAA